AAGAUGGCGACUGUCAUUCACAACCCCCUGAAACCACUUGGGGAUCAGUUCUACAAAGAAGCGAUUGAGCACUGUCGCAACUACAACUCAAGGCUAUGUGCUGAACGCAGUGUUCGCCUCCCUUUUCUUGACUCACAGACUGGUGUAGCCCAGAACAACUGCUACAUCUGGAUGGAGAAAAGGCACAGAGGACCAGGUGUGGCUCCGGGACAGUUGUACACAUAUCCUGCUCGAUGUUGGAGAAAGAAGAGACGUUUGCAUCAUCCUGAAGAUCCAAGGUUAAGACUCCUGGAGAUAAAAGCAGAUGUAGACUUCCCUUUACGGAAAGACAACGUUAUAUCGGAGGGUACCACACUAGAAGCCCUUCUACGGGGUGAAGGACUAGAGAAGAAAGACCUCAGAGAUGAGGACAGUCUACAAGAAAUUCAGAGGGUUUUAGAAAAUGAUGAAAAUGCAGAUGAUGCAAAUGGUGAUGAUGACUUUGAAGAGGAGCUUCCAAAAAGAAAGAACCGGAGCAGGGGACGGGCUCGUGGUGGCAGGAGGAGGAACGAUACUUCUUUUGAUGAGCAGGAUAAACCUUACGUAUGUGACAAUAGUUACAAACAAAAGCAUAACCCAAAAACAGCCGAAAAAGUCUGUGGAAAACGUUACAAGAACAGACCUGGCCUGAGCUACCAUUAUACCCACACUCAUCUCGCUGAUGAAGAAGGGACAGACAGCAGGGACCAAGAAUCUCGAUCUCCAUGUUCCCCUUCCAUUCACAGAAGUGAAAACCAGAAACCUCGCAAAGGAACAGAUGGUGCUAUACUUUCCAAUAACUACUGUGAUUUUUGCCUUGGAGACUCCUCCAUAAACAAGAAAAGUGGACAACCAGAGGAACUUGUAUCCUGCGCAGACUGUGGACGCUCUGAAGAUACCAAAGCAACACCCAUUAAUGGUCCACAGGGCAAUGGAAAUGAGACCAAACUAUCAUCGCACCUGCUGAGCUGAAUUCAGACUGCACUGCAGCAGGAUUGCAAAGGUCACCAUGCCCUACGAUGAUCUACUUCCUACAAGAAAGCAAUCCGAGUUGGUUUUGAUGAGGAUAACAUUGACUUCAUGUAACGAUACUCUGCACCUGGAGUCCAACCCUUGCUUGUGCAAUAUGAGGGAUAUAAUAAUACUGGCGCCUGCUGAAGAUCUUUUUGGGUUUUAAUUUUAUAUACAAAAUACAUAUUUUUAGCUUAGAUUUGGUGUUUGACACCCAAGCUAGUUAAAUGUAAAUUUAACAAACAAAACAAUAUUGCUCCUUAUUUAUUUCAAUAUUUAAACAGAAAAUAGGAUAUCCCAGGGCUGAAGUUGCACAGUAUACUUGUUUUCAUACAUUUUACGUGGACCAGGAGUAUCGUACUAAAAUGAAUGAAAGCACUUAUGCAAAAAGGUGCUGGUGACUUUUUUUUUAAAUUCAUUUUCUAUCCUAUACAAAUGUAAAGUAGAUUUGUUUAGGCUUUUUUUCCCUCCUCACAGGUUUCUUAUUAUGUUUACCAGGGUUUUUUUUCUAAUUUUGUAGUGAAAUUAUUGGUAUGUAUAAGUGAAUAAGAAAUAUACAUUUUGCGUUAUGCUGGCUGGUGCCUGCCACCCCUGCUGAGAUGUUUACCAGGCUGUCAAUCACUGAUAAAAUGGAUAUGCGCUGUACCAAUGUACAAGAAAUUACUGUGACUUACUGUUAAAUCUGCUGCUGAAUCGAUAACGGUACAGGCAACACUGGUAGGGCUCAACUUUUCCCACAAUUCUGUAAGUUAUUGUGUUUUUAAUUAUUUAAUAUUUUUUUUAAGCAGUUGAAUGCAUUCUACAUACCCACAUACAAAUCUAUAAGCAGAGCUCAAAGUUGUGCAGUUUUUUAUUAUAGAAAACCAUUUUUUUUGCACUUGUCAUGGAAUUGAAAUUUCAGUAUUGUGCCAGUAAAAAGUGCCCUUUGGUUGGGCUCACAUACUGCAGUUUGUAUCCAAGGAUCCAUUCCUUCUCUUAAAGAUUUAAAGGGGUUGUCCUGCCAUUUAUAGUGAUUACCUCUGCCCAGGAUAGGUCAUCAAUAUCCAACACCCCUGACGAUCAGCUGUUUGAAGAGGAGGUGGCGGUCCAUGCUAGCGCUGCUCCCGUUCAUUACACUGCCCGUAGUCUCAGAAGUGUAGUGUAAUGACGAGUACUUGCUCUAGUCACUUAAAUACAGCAAGUACUUGUAAUUACAUUAUGCCACAGCUCCAGAAGAGUAGUGUAGUGAAGAGGAAGCAGUGCUCGCAUGGAGCUCUGCCUCCUCUUCGGGAGUAUUGAUUAACUAUACUGGUGAUGGCUCAUCAAUAUAAAUGGCAGGACAACCCCUGUAAGUGGAUCCCAGACCAUACAACACAUUGCUGGGUUUUACUGUGAAGUUAAAGGGGUUGUCCAGUUUCUGAUAUUGGUGACCUAUCCUCAGGACCCCCCACCCCCCACCUGCUUUUUGAUGAAGAUCACAGUUCUCAUGCAAGCACUGCAUUCUCUUUACUUGUCCGCUGUCACCAUUGCAGCUGCAAGCAGUGUAACUACAGCUCCUCCAUCCCAUUCACUUAAAUGGUACUCGGUGUAAAUACAACUGCUCCUUCCAAUUCAAGUGAAUAGAAUGGAGUUGCUGUGAUAACAAUGCUUGCCGCUGCAGCUGAUCAGUGGGGGUGCCAUGAUUUGGACCCCCACCAAUCUGAUAUUGAUGACUUAGCCUGAGGAUAGGUCAUCAAUAUCAGAAACCAGACAACCCUCUUUAAUACAUUGUCCUGAAAGUUUAUGCAGUAUUUUAAUCUUGCAAAUUUGUGAUAACCUAUAGGACAGCAGUCCAUAUUUUAAAAGAAAAAAGUAACUAGCAACAGUUUUCAUCAUAAAAAAAUAAAACCAAACCUAGUUGUCACAUCCUUAGAUGUUUUUUUAAGGCAAAGAGUGAAUCCAAAAGGAAGAAAAUAUAUAAAGUAAAAAGAUAGCUGCAUCCUAUUUUUGACACAAGAAAAUGCAUGUGCAAACUCAUCCUUACCUCAUGAAUCUUGGGGAAUGUACCUCAAAUGAGCUGUGUGUCUGCAACAUUUUUACCACACACACACUCCCUAAAAAAAUAAAAGGAGAAAAAGUGAAGGCCAGAACAUACAUGAUGUUAUUUCAUAAAUGUGUCCCGAAGUCUUCUUUAGAAUAUGAACGAUUUUAUGCUUAGUGGUGAGUAUUAAUGGGAGCUUGUAGUCCAUGCACCAUUCAGUGUCAGUGUUAUAAUAAUGACCACGGCAUCAAGAUUCUGUGUAUAAAGAAGGGACACGUCAUGCCUUAUUGAUGUCACUCCAGAGAGGUUUUGUGUCUAUAGCCAUAAUAUGUGAAAUUGACUGAUUAGAUAUGAAAUAAGCUGUAUGGAAUGAGAGCCCAUUACUUUACUUUCCUGUGGCUGCCUAUGCUGCACUUUCAAUGUAAAUACAGCUGUAUUUU